CUCGCGAAACGCCCCACACUUGUUAUCUACUCUCACGUUUAAUCAGCCAAAAUGGAGGAUGAAGUUGCUGCUCUCGUUAUUGACAACGGCUCCGGCAUGUGCAAGGCUGGAUUCGCUGGCGAUGAUGCCCCUCGUGCCGUGUUCCCAUCGAUUGUUGGCCGUCCCCGUCACCAGGGUGUGAUGGUCGGUAUGGGCCAGAAGGACUCCUACGUUGGUGAUGAGGCUCAGUCCAAGCGUGGUGUUUUGACCCUCAAAUACCCCAUUGAGCACGGUAUUGUCACCAACUGGGAUGACAUGGAGAAGAUCUGGCAUCAUACCUUCUACAACGAGCUCCGUGUUGCGCCCGAGGAGCAUCCCAUUCUCCUCACAGAGGCGCCUCUCAACCCCAAGGCGAAUCGCGAGAAGAUGACACAGAUCAUGUUCGAGACAUUCAACGCGCCAGCGUUCUACGUCGCCAUCCAGGCCGUUCUGUCGCUGUACGCCUCCGGUCGUACUACGGGUAUCGUGCUCGACUCCGGUGAUGGUGUCACCCACACAGUGCCCAUCUACGAAGGUUUCUCGCUACCGCAUGCCAUCCUGCGUAUCGAUCUUGCCGGCCGUGACCUCACCGAGUUCUUGAUCAAGAACUUGACUGAGCGUGGUUACCAAUUCCACACCACUGCCGAGCGAGAAAUUGUCCGGGACAUCAAGGAGAAGCUGUGUUACGUCGCGCUCGACUUCGAGCAGGAGCUUCAGACUGCAGCGCACUCGUCUGCACUUGAGAAGAGCUACGAGCUGCCCGAUGGUCAGGUCAUCACGAUUGGCAAUGAGCGAUUCCGCGCUCCGGAGGCACUCUUCCAGCCGGCGUUCCUCGGUCUCGAGGCAGCUGGUAUUCACGAGACUGCGUACAACUCCAUCUACAAGUGUGAUCUCGAUAUCCGUCGUGAUCUCUACGGUAACAUUGUCCUGUCUGGUGGUACCACUAUGUUCCCGGGUAUUGCGGACCGUAUGCAGAAAGAGCUUACUGCUCUUGCACCCUCGAGCAUGAAGGUCAAGAUUGUCGCCCCUCCCGAGAGGAAGUACUCUGUCUGGAUCGGUGGUUCCAUCCUGGCUUCCCUGAGCACCUUCCAGAACCUGUGGUGCUCUAAGCAGGAGUACGACGAGUCGGGUCCCGGCAUUGUCCACCGCAAAUGCUUCUAAGCGGCGGGCGAUGACAGGAGAGAGAAGGAUUAAUGAAUGCA